AUGACGGUGUCAGGGAGGAAAUGGUCCAUGUUCCUUGGCGGCGUCAAUUUCCUCAUCGGCUCCGCUGUCAACGGCGCUCCCAUGAACGUCUUCGUGCUCAUCCUCGGCCGUGUCCUUCUCGAGACAGAGAUGCUGAGAAGCGACUGUGUUGUAAUGGUUUACCGACGAGUUCGUUUGAGAUGGCGCGUCAACGCGUCAACCUGGGGCUGGCCGCAGUCCCGGCCGUCAUCAUCACCAUCGGCGCGCUCGUCCUGCCCGACACCCCCCAACCCCCUCAUCGAGCGCGGCUACGAGGAGGAGGCCAAGGCCAUGCUCCGCAAGCUCCGUGGCACCGACGACAUCCAGGCCGAGUACGACGACCUGGUGGUGGCCAGCGAGGAGGCCAAAAGCGCUCCCGUGCUUUUUAAGACCAUCGGCUUCGGCGACGAUGCCUCCCACGUGUCCGCUGUCAUCAACGGCGUCGUCAACGUCUCUGUCACCUUCGUCUCCAUCGCUACCGUCUACAAGCUCGGUCGCCGCGCGCUCUUCCUGCAGGACGGCAUGCAGAUGCUCGUAUCUCAGGUGGUGCUAGGGACACUGAUCGCCCUCAAGUUCGGGACCAGCGGCGUGGCGGCGGAGCUGACGCAGAGCUACGCCAGCAUCCUGGUGUUCUUCAUCAGCGUGUACGUGGCAGCCUUCGCAUGGUCGUGGAGCCCUCAGGGGUGGCCGGUGCCCACUGAGAUCUUCCCCCUAGAGAUCCGGUCAGCGGGGCAGAGCACGACGGUCCCCGUCAACAUGCUCUUCACCUUCCUCAUCGCGCAGGUGUUCCUCACCGCCCUCGGCUCUGCUCCCUCAAGUUGGGCCUCUUCUUUUUCUUGGCCGGCUGGGUGGUGGUCAUGA